AUGGCGCCCACGGCUGCCGGCGUGCUGGUGGGCUUCGGUAUCACAUCAAUUUUCAUGCAGGGGUUUAAUUACCUACUGGAUUCGUAUCUGAACUUCGCCGCCUCGGCGUUCGCCGCGAAUACAAUGAUGCGAUCGAUGGUCGGCGCCUGCUUUCCACUCUUCACGCGUCAGAUGUUCAAUAAUCUGGGCGUGCAGUGGGCCGGGACACUGUUGGGUUGCAUCGCCGUGCUGAUGAUUCCUAUUCCAGUGCUCUUCCUCAUCUUUGGGCCGCGUCUGCGCCGGAAGAGCCGGCUGGCACCAUCCGGGGAUGACGGCGUCAAGCGGGCAUGA